CUACCAUCUCAGCUCUCGCGCAGCUCUGGAAAGUUCGCUGAGUCGCGUCAGUUUCCACCGGCGGGCCGAACGUUAUAUAAACGCCUCGCGCAUCUCGCCUGCGGACUCGAGAACUACAUUUAACAAGCACGAACCGUCAAAUUCAAGCCGCGGAUCCCGAAUCCCAUUCCUGAUAGCGAUAUUAAUCCCAUUUAGCCCUGCAGACGUCGAGUCUCCGGUGAUUUCGGCAAAGGAGAGACCUCGGACAGAUACUCCGUGAGGUCUAAUUUUGGGCUGUUUCGAAGGAAAUAAUAAUAUUAAAUCAAAGAUGACUGCAGAAGAGGUGGUGAGUGAAGGCUGUAGCAUCCCCGUCGAGGGUGAAGACAUCACCCCGAAGAAAGAUGGAGGUGUUUUAAAGAUGGUCAAGAAGGAGGGUACAGGCACGGAGCUGCCUAUGACCGGCGAUAAAGUAUUCGUACACUAUGUUGGAACGCUGCUUGAUGGCACGCAGUUUGACUCCAGCCGUGAUCGAGGAGAGAAGUUCUCCUUUGAGCUGGGCAAAGGUCAGGUGAUCAAAGCGUGGGACAUCGGUGUAGCCACGAUGAAGGUUGGCGAGAUCUGCCAGUUGAUUUGCAAGCCCGAGUAUGCCUAUGGAGCUGCUGGCAGCCCGCCCAAAAUCCCACCCAACGCUACACUUGUGUUCCAGGUGGAGUUGUUUGAGUUUCACGGGGAGGACAUCACAGAUGAAGAAGACGGCGGUAUUAUUCGCAGGAUCAUCACUAAGGGGGAGGGUUACACAAAGCCUAAUGAGAGUGCAUCUGUGGAAGUGUGGCUGGAGGGCAGUCACGAGGAGCGCGUUUUCGAUGAGCGUGAGCUGAAGUUUGAGGUGGGAGAAGGAGAGAGUUUGGGUCUGCCUCCAGGUGUGGAGAAAGCCCUGCAGUCUAUGGAGCAGGGGGAAGAGGCGCUCUUCACCAUCAAACCAAAGUAUGGCUUUGGAACUGCUGGCAGCGACAAAUUCAACAUUCCACCUAAUGCUACGUUGCAGUAUAAAAUCAAACUGAAAGCAUUCGAGAAGGCCAAAGAAUCCUGGGAGAUGAACACGGUUGAGAAACUAGAACAGAGCGCCAUCGACAAAGAGAAAGGAACUCAGUAUUUUAAGGAGGGGAAAUACAAGCAGGCAUCCAUGCAGUACAAACGCAUUGUGUCCUGGUUGGAGCACGAGUCCAGCCUGCAGCCAGAGGACGAAGAGAAAGCCAAAGCACUGCGAUUGGCUGCUCAUCUUAACCUAGCUAUGUGCUACCUAAAGCUGCAGGAGCCUAACCCUGCCGUUGAGAACUGCGACAAGGCACUGGAGCUGGACGCGAAUAACGAGAAGGCCUUGUUUCGACGAGGAGAGGCACUGGUCGGCAUGAAGGAGUUCGACAGGGCGAGAGCAGACUUCCAGCGCGUCUCUCAAUUGUAUCCAGCCAAUAAAGCCGCGAAGAGCCAGAUCGUGCUCUGCCAGAAACAUAUCAAAGAGCAACACGAGAAGGACAAGCGCCUCUAUGCCAACAUGUUUCAGAAGUUUGCGGAGCGAGAUGCCAAAAAGGAAGCGGAGCAAGAAAAGGAGGAAAAGAAACCGAAUGGUAGUGCAAUGGAAAUAGAUGAAAACGGAGCCCAGGAACAAACUGCAGCAUAAUAGCAUGCUUGCGUGCGCGUUUGUAUUAUUUACUGUCUUUUGUGUUAUGUUUUUUUUUAAGGUUUUUUUUUUUUUUUUUUUUGUACCGUCUGUAAUAUCUGUCCCUCUGAAGCGACUGUUCGUGUGAAUGAGGACGCGUACUUGCUUUGGUUUCUAAUCUAAUGUAGCAAGUGGUUUGCUUUUGUACUGUGGCCAGGUGCGCGCUCGCGUGAGAUUGCACAAGUGUAUGAAUGUCUGUGCGUGCGAUACUGUAAGGCAGCUAGUCGACCGGGCCGCGUUCUCUCUUAGAGAUGGUGGAAAUAAUGCGGACCUGUCCUCGGUCUGUCGCCUGUAGUGCAGCCUCUCUCGCCGGCUGCCGAACCAUCGCCGAUCCUUAGAAACUCUCGAGUCGCACUGCUGUACAAUAAAGCGCUUUUCUGUCCUGCCACUAAACUUUACGUGAAGUGCAUGGAAAUGAAUGCCAGGGCAAAAAAGACUGUUUUGAUUUGUUCAUUCGCUUUAUUAAGAACAUCUUUUCACUGUUAAAUUCUUUGUGUAUCACAACUGGAAGCAUUUCCGUAGCGAGUCUCUGCUGAAGUCUUACAAGCGUUUUAGAGGAGAAACCACGCACUUUUCCUGUGAAGAAUCGUCUAGUCUCUGCUUCACUUGUUUUCUGUGUGCAGCCUUUUUGUUCAGAUUGUUCCAUCGCAGAAUAUCAUCAAUACAGGGCUGAGAUGUUGGCCGUUUUAAUAUACAAGGCUAGAACUUGAACUUAGACCUACAGUCUGUCGUCUUUUUUUUUUUCGGUUUUGUCCCGUCUUUUCAUCUUUUUGUGGACAAAGUACCCCAUGAUUUCUCCAUAAUCGCAAUUGCGCGCUGUAAUCGAAUGGUGACUUGUUACUGCAGAAGAGGCUCUGUGUGACGGAGCUCAAGCAGGACAGUAGUACUGUAGUGUGCUUUGUGUGGGUUAAAGCGAGACAUACAGAUUCUGUUCCCAUGUCCUUCAUGCGCCUCUGAUGUCGACUAGAACAAUUAAACAAAUUCAGAAUCC